AUGAUGAGGAUUUGCCUCUUCCCCUUCCUCCUCAUUUUCAUCUUACGGCAUUCUACAUUGGCCUCUGUUCUUGCCGCAUCAUCCCACCAUUUGAGCCAUAUUGGUGAGUGUGAUGCCUUGCUUCAGUUCAGCAACUCAUUCAUCUUCAUAAAGGAUGCAUCUAUAAAUCAAUGUGACGAAGACUCCUCCACCACCUCAUAUCCGAAGACGGCCUCGUGGAAGAAUGGCACAGAUUGCUGCUCAUGGGAUGGAGUCACAUGCCACGGAGCAACAAAUUACACGAUUGGCCUUGACGUCAAUUGCAGUUGGCUUCGAGGAAGACUCCAUUCCAACAACUCCCUCUUUUCACUCUCCAAUCUUCGGUGGCUCAACCUUGCCGGUAACGAUUUCAAAGGGUCACGAAUUUCACCCAGGUUCGGUAUAUUUACAGAGUUGACACAUCUCAAUCUCUCUCGUUCUGCAUUCUCUGGGAUCAUUCCUCCAAAAAUCUCUCAGCUUUCCAGCCUAAUUUCAUUCGAUACCUCUUACAACCUUUAUGACGACUAUGAUACUGAUCGUUAUCUAGAAAUAGAAGAUCAUAGUUUCAAAUGGCUUGUAGGCAAUCUCACUCAGCUGAGGGAACUUCACGUUGAUUAUACUGACAUGUCCAGAGUUUCUCCUAUUUCCUUGACCAAGCUCCCUUCCACUCUAUCCUCUUUAAGUCUUCGUGGCUGUAAAUAUACGGGCCCAAUCUCUCUGAUACUUGGAAACCUUGACCACCUUACCUACUUGGAUCUCGGAUAUAACAACAUCAGCGAUACCGUGGACUUUGAAAUGCUUGCACCACUAAAAAAUCUCGAGUGCAUUUACCUUUCUGGAAACAACCUCAGCAUGCUGUUGCAAAGUGAUGGGAACUGUUCCUUCCCAAAGCUCAGAGUGUUGGGAUUGUCAGGAUGCAACUUGACCGUAUUCCCGUACUUUUUGAGAUCUUCAACUGUCAUGUAUUACUUGGAUCUUUCCAGAAACCUGAUCAGUGGACGGAUUCCUGAAUGGGUUUGGAGAGUAGGGAGGGACACAUUGACAUCCUUGUUUUUUUCAUCUAAUAAUUUCACCGGAGAGAUCCCAUCUUCAAUCUGCCAAUUGAGUUCAUUAAACUAUCUUGAUCUCUCAAAUAACAGACUCGUUGGCACCAUUCCGGGAUGUUUGGGAAAGUUGAGCAGCCUCAUUUGGUUGGUUCUGAGCCAUAAUAUAUUGCAAGGUCCUCUGCCACGAUCUCUAGCAAAUUGCACGAGCUUAGAGAUUUUCAAUACCAGUUACAAUGAAAUAUAUGACACUUUCCCGGACUGGUUAAAUGCUAGCUACAGCUUGGAAACCCUAGAUCUGCAGUCAAACAAGUUUCAUGGAGCCAUUGAAAUUUCCCUCUUUCAGCUUUCAUACGUAAUCCUCUCCAACAACAAUUUUGCUGGACAGUUGCCAAAGGAUUUCGCUGUAAAUUCAAGUGCUGAUUUCAUCGAUUUAGCCAAUAACAAUUUUGAAGGACCACUUCCAAUUCCACCACGCAAUAUUGGGUUCUAUUCCAUUGCAAACAAUAAGUUUAACGGAGAAAUUCCUUAUCAGAUCUGCAGCGCCACUGAGCUAGAUGUCAUCGACCUGUCGAACAAUAGUUUGACUGGCACCAUCCCUACCUGUUUCAUGAAUUUUUUUGCCUCUAUAUCUGUAUUAAACCUUCGAGCAAACAAGUUUGUUGGUCAGAUACCAGAGAUAUUCAUCCCUGGAACGAGGUUGAGGACGAUUCGCUUGAGUCAAAAUCAACUCAGAGGCACCCUACCACGAUCUUUGGGAUAUUGCAAGCAUUUGGAAGUUCUGGAUCUUUCUGAAAAUGAGUUGGAGGGAAGCUUCCCUUAUUGGUUAGAAACUCUUCCAAAUCUGCAAGUACUUGUCCUGAGAUCCAACAAGUUCAGCGGUUCGGUUGAUAGUUCCAAGACAAGUGACCAUCCCUUCCCAAAAUUGCGCAUUCUCGACCUCUCUGACAACAGGUUUUACGGUCCAUUGCCGGCUAAGCACUUUGCCAAACUAAAAGCCAUGGAGAAUGAAGAGAAAAGUAGUUUACGAUAUAUGGGCGAUGAAUACUAUCAAGAUUCUAUUGUGGUGGAGAUGAAAGGCGUAAAGAUUGAGCUGGUGAAAAUUCUGACCAUGUUUACAACCAUUGACUUCUCAAGCAACUUCUUCACAGGAGAAAUUCCACGAGUGAUUGGACAUCUAAAGGCACUCAAGGGACUAGACUUGUCUCACAACAAUCUGACUGGCAAAAUCCCUUCUUCUAUGGGGAAUCUCACCGAACUCGAGUGGCUGGACCUCUCCUCAAACAAGCUCAAUGGGAUUAUCCCUAAAGGAUUGGCGGAUCUUACAUGGCUCUCCUGCUUGAAUCUCUCAAAUAACCAGCUCGUGGGACCGAUUCCACAAAGUACGCAAUUUGACACGUUCGACCACUCCUUUGACGGGAAUCCUCGACUCUGUGGCCAUCCAUUGCCAAAAGAAUGUGGGAAUGAUCCAAGGCAAACACACACCCCUGCUCUCCAUGAAGAAGAGGAGACAGAGUGCAGCAAUAGCAUUCAAUGGAGAGUGGUACUGAUGGGCUAUGGAUGUGGACUUUCCAUCGGGAUUUCAACUUGUUACAUUAUGCUGGAGACGCGGAGACCGAGGUGGUUGACGAGAAUGGUUGAGAGGAAACGAGCCAGGAAAACAAAUGGGCCCAAGAGAAAUGCUGUUCUGGGAAAUCUCACCUGGAGGUGCACCAGAGGUCAAUGAAAUGGGGGACAAGGCAAGAGAUAAAGCAUGGCAGCGUCUCUGUUUCGUCGAUGCCCUUGGUCGUUAAUAUGUUGUCUUUGGUAUUAUGCUGUAGACACUAUCAGGAAAAUGGACAGUUACCUGAUAGGUUCUACAGUAAAAAAGUAUGCCAUGUUAUCUUUCGUAUGUAAAUUCUCGAAUACUAGAUAAUAACUUCAACUACAGGACAGUUGACAGUAUUAUUUCCGCAUUUCUACCAUACAGUCACAGAACCUAGAUGUAAGAAUGGAAGUAAGCACCCACCAGCCACCUCCGCCCUAAUUGACACUGCUCGAACUCAAUCUGAUCCUGGUGAAGUGGCUCCAAAAUAUGAGAACAAUGCAGUAAAUCC